AAAAUGAUCUAUCCUCACCAUAAACUACAUAAACAUUACAUUACAAUCCCCUUUGAACCCUUACUUCAAUUUAAAUUUAAAAAUAACCUUGAACAAUAUAACAUAACCCCUGCUUUUACUUCCGGUAUAAAACUCGGACAGUUAAUAAAUAAUACUAAACAUAAAUUUGAAAUUGAUGAAUCGAGCGGAGUGUAUCGAAUAAAUUGUGGUGACUGCGAUAGGUAUUACAUAGGACAAACCGGCCGUAAUUUGAAAACACGAUUCAGGGAGCAUCUUACCAAGGACUCAUCAGCCUUUUAUAAACAUCUCAAAUCCACUAAACAUAAAACAGAUUCCUGUAAUAUUAAACUCCUUAAAAACAUCAAAAAAUCCAAAGAAUUAGAUUUAUUGGAAGAAUUUUACAUUCACACUAAUAAAUCAGAUCUACUGCUUAACGAUUUAACCGAUUUCAACAAUAAUAGAUUUUUCCUAAAUUUCAUUUAACCCCCACUCCCACCCCCACCUUUUGAUGAAAGUCACCUUACUCCGUACAGUCGGACUUUUGCGCCUCACGGAAAAGUACCGUUUCACUUUUAAUUUAUAUUUUUUCAUAGUUUUUUCUUAAUUUUUGUUCUUUUCAUUUAACAGUUCAUCCUUUUGUUUUCUUAACGUUUUGUUUCUUUUUUACGAUGAUCCUUGUUUAACCUCACUUUUCAACGUGUUUUCAAAUUCCCUUAACAAAUUUUAAUGUAAACAACGUUCCGAUUCGAGGAAAUGUAUCAACUAAAAUGUACACAACCCCUUUGCGACCGUUUUUAUAAACUAAUUACUAAAUCAACUUUAUUUCUCCGUCUCAACAUCUAACCUCUUUUGACGUCGUGCCUAUGAAGAAGACCAUACUGGUCGAAACAAUUGUCGCACCGAAACAUAAAAAAUAAAACAAUCAUCAUCGUAAAACUUACUUUUAUUACAUUAUCCACACUACGAUGAAACUGGAAUCCCAAAUCGCUAAAUUGAUGAAUGCGGAGUUAUCCGUUUGGAUCCAAACGAUGAGAGGUUACAUGAUGAAACGAGAAAACACAAGAGACACUAUCAACUUUCUACACCAGGCAGUCGCACAGGGAGUCACACCCAAGGUUUUUACAAUUAAAACACCAAAAAUUUUUAAACACCAAAAACAAGAUCUUGAACGAAAACUUAUAAAAAAGAACCUUAGGACGCAAUACAAAAAACUAUCAGAAAUCGAUACUAUCUUGAAAUUUAUCCACAGGAAACUCUCAACAACACUACAUUUUCUCGAAUUUGAAGAACUCACACGCAGAUUUCAAGAAGAAACUACUUACAACACUAUACAUUCAAAAAAUAGAAAACAACAGAAACUCGCAAGGUUGGUUAAAAAUAAACAUUACCAUUUAUCACAACAAGAGAAAAACAAAAAUCACAACAACAACAGCUUACGGAACAAGGACACAACAGAACAUAACACUACGACCACCACACAUAAUAGCCUCGACCGAGCUGAUGCUACCAACGGAACUUUCAUGAUAAGGAAAAUAAACAAAAAUAAACCCUUUGAAAAGAUAUCCUUAGAUACUCUCAAUAACGUUAACUUUGCCCCCAGAUAUACAAACCUCAGCAACUUCACUUUCACCAAUAAAGAUAUAGAACUCCUAAAUCUCAGUCAUAAAUUUUCGUUGCCUGCUGGCGCCAGCCCGGUCGAACUUGCUAUCAAAAUAGAAUCACAAUUAUCAAAUAACACUAACAUUAGAUCCAUUUUCCACGACAACCAUAAUAUUAUAAAAAAUUUAAAAACCGAUCACUGCAGUUCCUAUGCAUUCCGCUCGAUACAACACAACCUUAAGUCCUUCAGACAGAAAAUUAAAGAAAAUAAACUUAUCAUCACCAUGGGUGACAAAGGUGCAGGAUAUGUUAUUUUAAAUGACUUCAACUACAUAGAAAAGACUGAGAACUUUUUUAGAGACAAUAACAUAAUUAAAAUUAAAAAGAACCCUACAAUAAACUACAACAACACACUCAAGAGGCACAUUAAAGACAAUAGAGAGAACCUAAAAAUAUUCGAUAUCAACCCCUUCAAAACCAUCAUAAUGAACCCACUUGUCCCCACUUUAAAAAGUCUCAUAAAACUGCAUAAGGUUGAACAGAGCAUAAGACCUAUCAUUUCCAACGUCAAUACCCCCUCCAGUAUAAUAGCUAAAAAACUACAAACAUUUCUUCACAAAACCUUUUCCAAUCAAUUUCAAUACAAUAUUAAAAACUCAACUCAACUAAUAGAUAAACUCAAAAAUAUUCAUAUCACUAAAGAACAUAGACUUAUUUCCUUUGACAUAAAAAAUUUAUAUUCUAACAUUCCCAUAAAACCUACAAUAGACAUUAUCAAACAAUUCCUUAUUAAAAAACUAAACACACUUAACAUUAGCUUUAUCGAACUUAACACCUUCAUUGAUACCCUUAAAUUAGUAACUGAUCAAAAUUUCUUCACUUUUAAUAAACAAUUUUACCGUAUGAACACUGGUCUACCUAUGGGUUCGCCCAUUUCUGGCAUCAUGGCCGACAUUUUCGUCAAUCAAUUAGAAAAAGAAAUUUUCUCUGAUAAAUACAACAUUUUCACCUCCGAUAUAACCUUCUAUGGUCGUUAUGUGGAUGAUAUACUUAUCAUCUACAAAGGCAACAAUGCCAAACUCUUAGCUCUGUUCAACCUUUUCAACAAUGCCAGCAACCUCCAAUUCACUUUAGAAAUAGAAAAACAUCACUCUUUAAAUUUUUUAGACCUCCAAAUUACCAAAAACCUUAACAAAAAUAAACUCGAUUUUAACAUUUAUUGCAAACCAACCACUACCGAUUCUAUUAUCCCAAAAAAAUCUUUCACCUGCCUUCAGCAUAAAGAAGCCGCUUUUAGAUAUUAUUUCAACAGACUUUUUAAUGUGCCUCUUGAUGAUAAUAAUUAUAAAAAGGAACUUAUGAGAAUAAUUAAAAUAGGUCUUAAUAACGGUUAUAAUUUGAACGAUAUACAGAAUUUUUACAAUAAGGCACAUAAAUCCUUAAUUAACAAAAUGAUCUAUCCUCACCAUAAACUACAUAAACAUUACAUUACAAUCCCCUUUGAACCCUUACUUCAAUUUAAAUUUAAAAAUAACCUUGAACAAUAUAACAUAAUCCCUGCUUUUACUUCCGGUAUAAAACUUGGACAAUUAAUAAAUAAUACUAAACAUAAAUUUGGAGUUGACGAAUCGAGCGGAGUGUAUCGAAUAAACUGUGGUGACUGCGAUAGGUAUUACAUAGGACAAACCGGCCGUAAUCUGAAAACACGAUUUAGGGAACAUCUUACCAAGGACUCGUCAGCUUUUUAUAAACAUCUCAAAUCCACUAAACAUAAAACAGAUUCCUGUAAUAUUAAACUCCUUAAAAACAUCAAAAAAUCCAAAGAAUUAGAUUUAUUGGAAGAAUUUUACAUUCACACUAAUAAAUCAGAUCUACUGCUUAACGAUUUAACCGAUUUCAACAAUAAUAGAUUUUUCCUAAAUUUCAUUUAACCCCCACUCCCACCCCCACCUUUUGAUGAAAGUCACCUUACUCCGUACAGUCGGACUUUUGCGCCUCACGGAAAAGUACCGUUUCACUUUUAAUUUAUAUUUUUUCAUAGUUUUUUCUUAAUUUUUGUUCUUUUCAUUUAACAGUUCAUCCUUUUGUUUUCUUAACGUUUUGUUUCUUUUUUACGAUGAUCCUUGUUUAACCUCACUUUUCAACGUGUUUUCAAAUUCCCUUAACAAAUUUUAAUGUAAACAACGUUCCGAUUCGAGGAAAUGUAUCAACUAAAAUGUACACAACCCCUUUGCGACCGUUUUUAUAAACUAAUUACUAAAUCAACUUUAUUUCUCCGUCUCAACAUCUAACCUCUUUUGACGUCGUGCCUAUGAAGAAGACCAUACUGGUCGAAACAAUUGUCGCACCGAAACAUAAAAAAUAAAACAAUCAUCAUCGUAAAA